AUGGAGAUUACGACACGACGAAACAUAUUAGAGGGCGAAAAGGAAGAUGAGCAACCACUUAGCCCGGCGGCGCGUCUGUUUCACGCGCCGGAGUUCAACUGCAACAUUAUAUCGGUGAUUGGUAUUAAGAGUAAGAUGGAUCCAGAUGUGAUUAUGAGAGGGUUUAAGCAGACUUUUAUCAGGCAUCCUCGUUUUUCAAGUAAAUUAGUAAGUGAGCGAUGGAGACAAUGGACUAACCAAAGAUGGGUUCGGACAGAUGUGGUCGUUGAGGAACACGUCAUCGUACCCGAAAUCAAACCACAAAACAUAGAGAACACAGACGCAUUUCUCGAAGAUUACGUUUCUGACCUCAUGAAGAUCCCCUUGGACACCUCGAGGCCGUUAUGGGAGCUUCACAUACUCGACUUGAAAACCUCAGACGCUGAAAACGUCGCCGUUUUCAAGAUCCAUCACUCGGUCGGCGAUGGGAUGUCAAUCAUGUCUCUCGUCCUCGCUUGUAUGCGUAAAACAUCAAACCCUGAUGAGCUUCCGAGUCUACCGUACCAGAAACGGUCGUCAUCGCUGUUAACAACCGCUACAAGAAGUGAUUCACGGUUGUUAUGGUUGGUUAAGCUUCUCUGGACAGCUGUUAUCUUGGGUUUAAACACGGUUUGUGAUGUUUUGGAGUUUCUUGUUACGACGUUGUUCGUUAAGGACACGGAGACACCCAUCAAAGGUGACUUCCGGUCAAAGAAAAGUGAACAGCUACGCUUGGUCCAUCGCACCGUAAGCCUCGACGAUAUAAAACUAAUUAAAAACGCCAUGAAUAUGACAAUCAACGGUGUUGUACUUGGAGUAACCCAAGCUAGUCUCUCGCGAUACCUGGAGAGAAGAUACGGAGAAGACGAAACUAAACGGAAGCCAAAGAAUCUUCUCAAAAGAAUAAGGCUAAGAUCAGCUUUGCUUGUAAACUUAAGACCCACAACUGGAAUCCAGGAUCUAGCCGAUAUGAUGGAGAAAGGGUCUAAAUGUUGGUGGGGAAAUCGGUUUGGCUACCUAGUCUUUCCGUUUUCUAUCGCAUUACGCAAUGACCCGCUGGAACAUCUCAAAACAGCCCACAAGACCAUCAACCGGAAGAAAAACUCGUUUGGGGCAAUGCUAACAUACGUCUUUUGUAGAAUCAUUGUCAAAUCUCUUGGAAUUGAGGUGGCGGCUACUAUAAUUAACAGAUUGAUGUCAAACACAACGAUGACGUUUUCGAACAUGGUUGGUCCCGUUGAAGAAGUUAGCUUCUAUGGACAUCCCAUCACUUGCAUAGCCUCAAGUGCUUAUGGUCAUCCCCAUGCGUUGACGAUACAUUGUCAAAGUUAUAUGAAUAAAAUGACAAUUACACUACUCGUAGAUCCAACAGUUAUAAGUGAUCCUCAACGUCUCUGUGAGGACUGGGAGGAAUCUCUCCGAAGCAUUAAAGCUGCUGUCCACAAAAGAGGGUCUCCCCUUUUGUGGGAUUAUCUCAGGCUUCUCAGCAAUAGAGUGGCUUGGCUACUUUACAAAAUGGCUGGUAUAAUUUACAAAAUGAUGUGAUGCUAAAUUUGGGUUCUUCAUGAUAUAAUCUUUAGUUACGCGUUCAUAUGCCAUUCCACAAAAUAUAUCUCUCAAUGUAAUACCAAAAAUGUGUAGAAACAACAAUAAAAAAGCUUUCAGUUGGAACCA